CACAAAGCUAGCUAGACCCAUAGACAACGUCCAUUUCUCCGAUAGAACAAAAUGGCCUCUUUGUCUUCCCCCUGCUUCCUUCUCUUCACUGCUAUUCUUGCAUUAGUCUCAUGGCACGCUUUAGCUUCUGAUCCUGGUCCUCUCCAGGACUUCUGUGUCGCGGACAAUAGCUCGCGUGUACUUGUUAACGGAUUCGUCUGUAAGGACCCAAAAGCCGUGACGGCGGAGGACUUCUUCCUGGCGGCCAAACUCGACAUGCCGAGAGACACAAAGAUAAGCAAGGUUGGGUCGAACGUGACCUUGAUUAACGUCAUGAAGAUUGCUGGCCUCAACACGCUUGGCAUCUCCCUCGCACGCAUCGACUACGCACCCCUAGGCGAGAACCCUCCGCACACACACCCCCGUGCCACUGAGAUCCUCACCGUACUUGAGGGUACGCUCUACGUUGGCUUCGUCACGUCCAACCCGGAAAACAAGCUCUUCUCCAAGGAGCUCAGGAAGGGUGAUGUGUUUGUUUUCCCACAAGGACUCAUCCACUUCCAGUUUAACCCCAACCCCUACAAGCCGGCGGUCGCAAUUGCCGCACUUAGCAGCCAGAACCCGGGGGCAAUUACCAUUGCCAACGCCGUAUUUGGAUCAAAGCCUAUGAUCUCUGAUGAUGUUCUCGCCAAGGCCUUUCAGGUGGAGAAGAAAACUGUGGACUGGCUCCAAGCUCAGUUCUGGGCCGACAACCACAAUUAAUUUUGUGUUGCACCGGUCGCUAGGA